UCCUAAACUCCCAUUGCUCUUUCUUCAUUUGAAUCCUUUCUUGCAGCUCGUCUGUUUAUGUAAAAACCUAGACUGUCACUGACAGAGAUGGAGAGAGAUGACUAUGUGUUUAUGAAGAUAAGAGACGCUACUACUGCUAUCAACCAGAAAGUUAAUCUGAUCGGUGUCGUUGUCGAGUUCGGUUUCCCUAAGAAGACCAGCGGCACUGAUUGCUUUUGUAAGCUAAAAAUAGUUGAUGAAUCUCAUCCAAAAGCUGGGAUUUGGGUUAAUGUUUUUGCUCCAACCAUGGAAAUGCUACCUCAUGUUGGAUUAGCUGGGGACAUAAUUCAGCUUUCACGUGUCAUGAUGAAAACAUUCAAGCAGGAAAUAUAUGCUGUUUUCAAUAAAAAGUUCUCUUCCUUUGCCCUAUACAAGGGGAAAGAUGAUGAAGAUUUCGUUCCCUACCAAUAUUCUUCAAGAUUUUGCCAGAGAGAACAAGACAAGGAGUUUAUAGCUGGUUUGAGAAGAUGGUUGGUUGAUUUUAAAUUUGAGGAAGGGUCAGAUAACUUCUCCUUCUUGAGAGAGAUCAAGGAAGGUGCACGUGUUAAUUUAGCUUGCAAGAUUCUCCACACCAGUGAAAUCAAUAAAGAUGAGUUGAUGCUAUAUGUUUGGGAUGGAACUGAUACUCCACCGGCCAGUAUUCAUAAGAAGCUAGAGGAAGAAAGAGAUAAUCAGCUUGCUCUACAGUUGGAGCCCUUUCCUCUGUCAAGAAGCAUACUGUGCAUGUUUCCUACUGUUGGAACUGUCUUUCGAGUGGUCCUAGACAAAGCCAUGGAAAAGUAUGUUCUGCACUCACUAAAAAUUGGUGAAUGGGUAAAACUUUUGGAUUUACGCUGUGAAGUAAAUGCUGGAUUAUGGUUUGGUGUCUUGAAAUCCGAUACGAAGCUUCAAUAUAUACCGAAAGAAGAUGAUCUCAUAUUAAGUCUUGAAAGCAAAUAUAAUGAGCGAUUGUCAUUACAAUGGGGGCGGUUGCCCUACUGGUGCUUCCCUUGGCAUUCACGACUCACAGAUGUUGAUGCUGAUGCUGAUCAUGCACCAUUCCUCACGUUAAUGGAUGUUCUCACUUAUUCAGAGGUAACAGCAAAAUUUAAGUGUGUGGCUCGGGUUGUGGCAUCAUUUCCAUGGCGAGCAGAAGAUUUCCGUUCUCCCAGUGGGAUUUACAGAAUUAGGUUUACCCUAGAGGAUCCAACUGCCAGAAUCCAUGCUUAUGUGUAUGGUGAAGAUGGGGAGAGGCUAUUUGAUGGUUAUCCCUCUGUUGAUGACUUGAGGAAGAAGCGAGACAAAUUGUUGGGAUUAGCAGGGAGUAACAAUCAACAGGAAAGUGAGAAUGCUCCUAGAAAUCCACCAUGGGUGCAAAUUUGUCUUAAAUCUUACUACCUUGAUAAGCAGAAACCAUGGGAAACCAGGAACUACAGAAUAUUUGGCACCCAAAUAGUCAGCUAGUUGACUCAAUGACUAACGCAUAAUGUUACUGUAAGUUUAUAAUACUAGUUGUACGCCCUAGUGCUAUAACUGUUAGGUUAUCUAAAUGUUCAGAUCUUACAACUAAAAAACUAGUAAUAUAUGGUUAAUAUUGUAAGCUUGAAGUUAUUAAAUAUACCCCUU